GGGCACGCCGGGAGUCGCAGUUCGGGAGCGUCCUCCGGAGAAGGAGGCCCGAGGGGGAGGGGAGGCCGGGGCGCCCGAGGCCUCGUCUGGCGGGCAGACGCUGGGAGGGAGACCCGUGGGAGGCGGGGGCUUCGGCCUGGGCCUCCCCUGCGGGGAAGGGGACGCAGCCGUGACCCUCUUCUCUUUCUCCCCUGCAGGAGGACGGAGGAUCGCAGCGGAUGCAGGAAGCGCCGCCCGAGAGAGGAGGAGGAGGAGGAGAGCGGGCUCCGUGGAGCAGCCCUGCCCAGUCCUGGCGUGGCUUCCCCGGGAGACGGCGGGGAAAGGCCGGGGGGCUCCGGGGCUGCAGGAGGGAUGAGCCCAGGGGGAGCCCGGGAAAGGCGGCUGCCUGGAGGGCGAUGCGAAGACCCCGAGACGGGCCUGGAGGGCGGAGGCUCCUUCGGAAGACCCCCAAAGCCCCGAAGGAUCCAGGAGGGAGGAAAGAAACAUCAGUGCCCGGAAUGUCAAAAAUCCUUCAAAAGUAAUGGCCAUCUUCAGAGCCACCUAAGGAUCCACUCAAGAAAGAAUCCAUUUGAAUGCCUGGAAUGUGGAAAGAGCUUCAGUUGGAGGAGCAGCCUUUAUAGACAUCAAAGGGUCCACUGGGUAGAUAAACCGAAUAAGUGUCUGGAAGGCGGUGGAUCCUUCCGAAGACCAGGGAGUCCCCAAAGGAUCCAGGAGGGAGAAGAGAAAUAUCAGUGUCUGGAGUGUGAAAAAUCCUUCAGAACAAAAGAGUUGCUUAAAGGCCACGUAAAAAUCCACACAGGAGAAAAACCUUAUAAGUGCCUGGAGUGUGGAAAGAGCUUCAGUCAUAGGAGCAGCUUUUAUAGACAUGAAAGAAUCCAUACAGGAGAAAAACCUUAUAAAUGCUUUGAGUGUGGAAAGAGCUUUAGUCAGACGAGCAGCCUUUCUGCACAUCAAAUGAUCCACUCAGGAGAAAAACCUUAUAAGUGCCUGGAAUGUGGAAAGAACUUUGGUCAUAUCAGCAACCUUUAUAAACAUCAAAGGAUCCACUCAAAAGAGAAAGUGAAUAAAUGUGUGGAGGGUAAGAGGUCCUCAGGAAGACCCAGGAGACCCCAAAGGAUCAAGGAAGUAGGAAAGAAAUAUCAGUGCCCGGAAUGUGAGAAAUCCUUCAAGAGAAAUGGCCAUCUUCAAACACAUCUAACAAUCCACACAGGAGAGAGAAAAUACGAAUGCCCAGAAUGUGAAAAAUCCUUCAAAAGAAAGGACAGUCUUCAAAGGCAUCUAAUUAUCCACUCAGGAGAAAAACCUCAUAAAUGCCUGGAAUGUGGAAAGAGCUUCUGUCAUUUGCGAAACCUUCAUAGACAUCAAAGGACACACUCCGGAGAGAAACUGAAUAAAUGCAUGGAGGGUGAUGGAUCCUUCGGAAGACCCUGGAAUCCCCAAAGGAUCCAGGAGGGAGGAAAGACAUACCAGUGCCCGGAAUGUCAAAAAUCCUUCAAAAGGAAUAACAAUCUUCAAAGGCAUCUAAUGAUCCACACAGGAGAAAAACCUCAUAAGUGCCUGGAAUGUGGAAAGAGCUUCAGUCUGAGGAGCACCCUUUAUACACAUCAAAGGAUCCACUCCGGAGAGAAGCCAUUUAAAUGCCUUGAGUGUGGAAAGUGCUUCAAUCAGUUGGGAAACCUUUAUACACAUCAAAGAAUCCACUCCGGCCAUCUAAAUAUCCACAUAAGAGAAAAACCUUAUAUAUGCUUUGAGUGUGGAAGGAGAUUCUCUCACAAAAGCAGCCAUGAUCGACAUCAAAGAAUCCACACAGGAGAAAAGCCUUAUAAAUGCUUUGAGUGUGGAAAGAGCUUUAGUCAGACGAGCAGCCUUUAUGCACAUCAAAUGAUCCACACAGGAGAAAAACCUUAUAAGUGCCUGGAGUGUGGAAAGAACUUUGGUCAUAUCAGCAACCUUUAUAGACAUGAAAGAAUCCACAUAGGAGAAAAACCUUAUAAAUAUCUAGUGUGGAAAGAGCUUCAGUCAUAGAGGCAUCCUCUAUAAACAUCAUAGGAUCUAUUUACGAAAAUUACAAAUGCGGGGAAUGUGAAAAAUCCUUCAAAAAUAAUUAUCUUCAUCAAAGGCAUCUAAGCAUCCACACUGGAGGAAAUAAAUGCCUGGAGUGUGGAAGGAGCUUCAAUCUGAGAGGAAACCUUUAUAAACAUCAAAAGAUCCAUUGCAGAGAGAAACCAUAUGAAUGCCUGGAGGGUGGGUGGAGGGUCCUUCGGAAGACCAGGGAGUCCCCAAAGGAUCCAGGAGGUAGAAAGGAAAUAUCAAUGCCCAGAAUGUGAAAAAUCCUUCAGAGCAAAUGACCAUCUUCAAAGCCACCUAAGAAUCCACACAGGAGAGGAACCCUACAGAUGCCUGGAGUGUGGAAAGAGCUAUACUGAGUGUGAAGACAUCCAUCGACACCAAAUAAUUCACGUGGGAGAAAAAUAAUAAACAUGCCUGAGUGUGAGAAGAUCUUCAGUCACAGUGUGUAUCUCAGGCAUUGAAUUGGAUUGUACCUUUUCACAACAGAAUUACGGGACUCACGAUGCCAUUUCCCAUGUGAACGUUCUCUUUUUAAUGCAAUGGUCAUUUCAAUGAUUGUGCUUAAUAUUAUGGGAUGUUCCUGUCCAUGUCUCUGAGGUAACUGUAACUGAGCAAGAUAAUUUCUUCCAAGGGACUCUCUAAGGCCAACGAAGCUUUGUGAGAUACGAGCCAUAUUGUAAGGAUUGCCUCUCCUUUCCACUUAAGAAAGUAAAAACUCUUGAAACGUAA